AUGUCUCUUACCGCACGAGAACGCCGCAAUCCGCCAACUCGGCGGAAAUCCUGCGCCGCCUGUACCAAAGCCAAGCGGCGUUGUGACUUUGCCAUGCCAGCAUGUCUUCGGUGCUCACAAAGACACAUUCACUGCCAGUACCCGAGUCGAGUGUUGAGAGAGCAGCCAGCGUCCUCAUCAGAAGCAUCGGUGGCGGCCGUAUCUCCUGACUGCCUUACCACGGACGAUUCGUCUCCUCAAAUAGUAGAGAGUCUAUCAAGCGAUGCACCAAUUAUCGAGGAUUUUAAUGCACUUAUUUCAGGACUCGACGCGUGUUCUGGCGAGCCCGGAGUAUUGGAGUUUCCAUUGGAGGACAAUACAUUGAAAUUUGUUGAACAGCCGUGGACAUUAACUGCACCUUCGACAAAAGACUUUUCGCAUGUUCCAGAGCGCAUUUUGAACCGUCUCCAAUGGGCUGUCGAUGAAAUAAAGCGAGCUCCCGAGAAGAUGGUUCUUGAAAACCAAACUCCUUGGUCCCAUCCACUCCUUUACAAAGAUGGAAUGCCUAGAUCAUUACAGGGUAAUAGAUCAGAGCUCUUGUAUAUGCUAUUCACUCUUGCUAAUUGCCGCCUAGAUGCUCAUUCUUCUUGUGCUCUGUACAUGGCCAAGAAUCGCGUGAAUUCUCCGAUCAUAUUUCGUAGUAUAGAGUCUCGCGUCAACGACCUCCUUGCAACUCCGGCGCCAAUAACGCCAUCGGAGUGUCUGGCACACACGCAAGCUCUUAUUCUGUACCAGAUUAUUCGGCUAUAUGAUGGUGAUAUUGGGGCUCGCGCAUCAGCAGAGCUUAUUAUCCCAGCUAUAGAAGCCUCUGCGAUAUCGCUAUUCUCUUAUGCACAAUUCGACAUAGACGCAACGGUCAUAACGCUUCCUACAUAUCCAGUAGCGCCGACGAAGGCAUUUUGGCAAGACUGGAUUCUACAGGAGUCUCUGCGCCGCACACUGCUUUUUUCUUUCUAUUUUGUUCAGGCAUAUCGCAUUAUGGCUGGCUGUAAAAUACUGCAGUGCGAUGGUAGGCUCGGCUUGUGUCACGCUUGGACGUUGUCGGCCCAUUUGUGGAAUGCGACGACGCCAUUAAGUUUUGCCGAAGCCUGGAGGGACAAAAAUCAUUAUGUUGUGACGAAUGCUAUCUUCUCAGAAGUCCUGGCUGAAGCGCAAGCGGAUGAUAUUGAUGUCUUUGGCAAGAUUAUGAUAUCGAGCCUUUUGGGACAGGAUGAGGCCGAAGGAUGGUUUGCGAGUAGAGGAGGAAAGUUGUAG